AUGAUGAAGCAGAAAAUACGUUCUCUCUCUCUUUCGUCUUGGUAUAACAGCAUUCUUGCUCAAGAUGAUUUGUUCUUUCUUUCUUUUCUUUUCCCUCUCAUCCUUCUAAAACAGUUUGCAAAAGCCUUCUCUGUCUCAAAUGUUGUUUGCCUUUCUUUCUCCCUCCUCCCCCUUGUUCCCUUUCUCUCCCCUCCCCUGUUCCCUUUCUCUCUCCCUCCUCCCCCCCUGUUCCCUCUCUCUCCCUCCUCCCCCCUUGUUCCUCUCUCCUCCCCUCCCUCUCUCUCCCCCCCCCCUUGUUCCCUCUCUCUCUCCCCUCCUCCCCCCUUGUUCCCUUCUCUCCCUCCCCCCCCCUUGUUCCCUCCCCCCCUUGUUUCCUCUCUCUCUCUCCUUAUUCCAGCUCCCACUAUUCUCUCUCAUCCUUAUGGUGCUGCUUAUACACUGGGACGUAUUAACAAAGAUUGCUGGUAUCUUUACACAAUUGAUGAUGAAAAGAUUUCUGAACCAGACCAAACAUUUGAAAUAUCCUUUUUUUUUUUUUUUUUAACAAAGUCUUUGUCAAUAUUAAAUGCUGAUUGGCAAACUGCUCUCUUUUUUUUUCUCUUCUUCUCAUCUCUUCUUUCCUUUCUCACCAUCUCUUCCUCUCUUUCUUUCUCCUUAUCCUCUCUUUCUUUCCCCCUUAUCCUCUCUUUCUUUCCCCCUUAUCCUCUCUUUCUUAUCUCUCCCUACUCGCUCUUUCUUAUCUCUUCUCCCUUUCUCACUUAUCUCUUCUCCCUUUCUCACUUAUCUCUUCUCCCUUUCUCACUUAUCUCUUCUCACUUAUCUCACUUAUCUCUUCUCCCUUUCUCACUUAUCUCUUCUCCCUUUCUCACUUAUCUCUUCUCCCUUUCUCACUUAUCUCUUCUCACUUAUCUCUUCUCCCUUUCUCACUUAUCUCUUCUCCCUUUCUCACUUAUCUCUUCUCCCCCUUUCUCACUUAUCUCUUCUCCCCUUUCUCACUUAUCUCUUCUCCCUUUCUCUUCUCCCUUUCUCACUUAUCUCUUCUCCCUUUCUCACUUAUCUCUUCUCCCUUUCUCACUUAUCUCUUCUCCCUUUCUCACUUAUCUCUUCUCACUUAUCUUUCUCCUUUCUCACUUAUCUCUUCUCACUUAUCUCUUCUCCUUUCUCACUUAUCUCUUCUCCUUUCUCACUUAUCUCUUCUUUCACUUAUCUCUUCUCCCUUUCUCACUUAUCCCUUCUCCCUUUCUCUUCUCACUUAUCUCUUCUCCCUUCUCACUUAUCUCUUCUCCCUUUCUCACUUAUCUCUUCUCCCUUUCUCUUAUCUCUUCUCCUUUCUCCUUAUCUCUUCUCCUUUCUCACUCUCUUCUCCCUUUCACUUUAUCUCUUCUCCUUAUCUCUUCUCCUUUUCUCCCUUUCUCACUUAUCUCUUCUCCUUUCUCUUAUCUCUUCUCACUUAUCUCUUCUCCCUUUCUCACUUAUCUCUUCUCCCUUUCUCACUUAUCUCUUCUCACUUAUCUCUUCUCCCUUUCUCACUUAUCUCUUCUCACUUAUCUCUUCUCACUUAUCUCUUCUCACUUAUCUCUUCUCACUUAUCUCUUCUCACUUAUCUCUUCUCACUUAUCUCUUCUCACUUAUCUCUUCUCACUUAUCUCUUCUCACUUAUCUCUUCUCCCUUUCUCACUUAUCUCUUCUCCCUUUCUCACUUAUCUCUUCUCACUUAUCUCUUCUCCCUUUCUCACUUAUCUCUUCUCCCUUUCUCACUUAUCUCUUCUCACUUAUCUCUUCUCCCUUUCUCACUUAUCUCUUCUCCCUUUCUCACUUAUCUCUUCUCCCUUUCUUUACCUCCUCACUCUCUUUACCUCCUCACUCUCUUUAAUUUCCACUCUCUUUCUCUAA